GUGAUGAGGUUGUGCUUGCGUUUAUCGAUUGUGUUUUUCGGCAUGAGGCGGUCUGGAACCGGCAACAUCCAGAGUACAAAAAUAUUCAUCAUAGAAAUGAUGAGUGGAACGACAUCGCAGCAGAAAUGGACCAACCAAUCGAUGAACUUAAAGAGAAGUGGGCAUCGCUCCAAUCCAUUUACCGGAAGUACCGCUCAAAAUUGAACCGGAGCAUGGUAACUGGAUCUGGAGCUGAUGAAAUUGAUCACCCACGGUGGUUCGCUUUUGCUGCGAUGUCGUUCUUAGACGCAACGACUGAUUGUGGAAAUACCGUUAACACCCUUUCUCAUUUGGAAAUAGAGGUGUUGGACGAGGCCCUCACACCUUCUCCAGGACCGUCGUGUGUGCCGUCACCGCAGCCUGGACCGUCGCGUGUGCCAUCUCCGCGACCUGGACUAUCGCGAGUGCCGUCUCCGCGACCUCAACCAUCGCGAAUGCCGUCUCCGCGAUCAGGACCGUCGCGUGUGCCAUCACCUCGACCUGGACCCUCGCGUGUGCCGUCACCGCAACGUGGACGGUCACAUUAUGCCACACCGCCUCGUCCAUCUACUCCGCCAAAUGUAGCGUCAAGGCGGUUUAAAAGGCGUUAGCAAGAGGUUAAUCUUGCAUACAAUGAGGAGGUGGUUGCAGCUUUGCGGACGGUGGGUGAUGCCUCAAUCAAACUGGCCAGCCAGCUCAAAAACCCAACCGAUACAGUGGAUGGUCAGCUGUCCGGGAUUGCCCACAUCAUUCGAGAUUGGCCGCUCGAAAACCGGAUGCGAUGCCUAAUGCGCAUACGCAUGGUGGUCCAAGAGGAGGAACAGGAGUAUUUCCAGGAAAUUUUCGGAUACCA